GAUUCUCGCAACGUUGACUUUUAACGGGGCUCUACGUGCUACGGCUCCAGUACUGGCUGAUCCGCGCCGAUACUCCGGUCCGCGUUUUCCGUCAGCAGCGCAGGAGAAGCGGAUAAUAGCUUUUGGAGCUCCGUCUCUCGCAUGCCAUGCUCGGCCAGAGAGGCUCCGGGAGACAUGCAUUUACCAAUAUCCGGGUUAGAGAGGAAAGGGGGAAAAAAGUUUCAUUUAAACCUGGAGUAAAACUUUCAAUAUGAAAUCAAAUUAACGCUAUCACGGCCGUCGUUGUCGGCGAGGCUUUCCACCUCGGACUGCAGUCGGUAGCCUGUUUAAUGGUUACGGCGGAUCGGUUUAUUAUUUCUUUAUAGGUGUUUUACUCGUUCUGUGUUUUUUCCCCGUCGUUCUCAGUUUUGUCGGCUUUCUGAGGUUAGCUGGUGGGCUUAUGGUACUACCCUGAAAUGUUGAAGCGAUAAUGGCCGCGCAAGUGGCAUCGGCUCCGGCAACGACCAGUAAUAAAAAACCAAAUUUAUCGAGUACUUUGAAUCAAGAUUUAAACUCCGGGAAGCCCGUAGGAGGAACGGCACAGGGAUCCGGAGCCAUGCUUGGAGCAGGAGAUGGGACUCACGCUAUGAAUAAUGUAGAUCACCAUCACCAUAAUGAACUGAACAUGGCCAACGCGACUUGCGCCUCUUCUGCCGGCGGCAACUCCGAUACCCGAGAGAAAGAGGAUGGAAACAGCCCCUCAUCCGCACCGUCCUCGAAUCCGACCGCCGCUCCGGCCAUGGAGACGGGUUUGAUAUCAAAUCAUAAACUGAAAAUUGUCGGUGGCGGAGAUCCUCCUCCUCCGUCUCACCAUCACACGCCGCCGCAGCCGCCGCCGCAGCAGCAACAAUUUAAUCAAUUUCAGCAGCAGCAGCACCAGCGUCAGAUACAAAGUAACAACAUCAACAACAACGGCGGCGGCAGCCUGGCGCCGGCUCAGGGGGACGCUGACAGUCGGCAACAUGGUGGUAAGGACACCGUUUUGGGAAACCAGGUCGAGCAGCAGAUGCUGAAUAAAAGUGAGGAGGACCAUCCGUUCAAAGCGGGGGACCAGAUGGGCAGCAGGUACGAGCACGACAGCCUUGGAGCAACGAGCGGCAGCAACAGCAUAAGCAAUCCGCCCCAGAGUGCCAGGGGGAACGGCACUGCUUCGGAGUUUAAUCAUUAUUACGGCAAUGCUAGAGUAGGGCCCUGCUUUGAUCAACAUGGCGGACAACAAAGCCCCGGGUUGGGGAUAAUGCAUUCGUCGGCCCCCAGCAGCAUGGAUCCGGCGCAAAACUCCCACGACGGCUACCACAACAACCAGUACAACCACUAUGCCAGCUAUAGAGCGGGCUACGGCGGCGGAGGCUAUGGUAUGAUGAGCUCCUCCAGACAGGGCAACAACAUGCUGAUGGGCCCGGGUAGCGGCGCUGCUGCCGCUGCCGGCCACGGUAAGGCUUCCAUGGCCCCUGCUUCUGGCAGCAACGUCGGGGGCUUCCAGAGGUUCCCCGGGCAGAAUCAGCACCCCUCCGGCGCCACCCCGACUCUCAACCAGCUCUUGACGUCCCCCAGUCCCAUGAUGCGCGGCUAUGGCAGCGGCUAUCAGGACUACGGCAGCCCAACGGCGCAGCAGCAGUCGGGCAUGGGGCUGAGCAAAGACAUGGGCUCCCAGUACGGGUCCACAGCGCACGGCUGGGGGGGACAACAAAGAAAUCACCCCGCCAUGAGUCCGGGAAGCAGCGGGCAAGGCAUCAGCAGACCCCAAGUGGCUUCCAUGGACUUCAUGGCGAUGAAGCGCUCACAGCUCUACGGGAUGGGCGGCAACCCCUAUUCGCAGCAGCAGCAGCAGGGCGGGGCCUAUCCCAGCCAAUCAUACGGAACACCUGGCCCACACCGCUACCCAAUGGGAAUGCAGGGGCGGGGCCAGGUGGGCAUGGUUGGCAUGCAGUACCCCCAGCAGCAGCAGAUGCCCCCCCAGUACGGACAGACGGGCAUGGGCGGAUACUGCCAACAGGGACAGCCCUCGUACUUCGGCCAGCCCCAGCAGCCCCCCUACGGGCACCCCCGUGCCCCACCCCAGCAGGAGGGGCAGCAGGAAGGCUAUGGGAACCGGACCCAGCCCCCCAUGGCCCCCGCAAAGUCGAACCACGAGGAGAUGGGUGUGAUCCAGCAGGAGAGACCCUCUAGCCUUCCUGACCUGUCGGGCUCCAUCGACGACCUCCCCACGGGGACGGAGGCCGGCCUGGGCUCAGCGGCCAGCGCCUCAGGCUCCUCCAGCAGCCAGGGCGAGCAGAGCAAUCCAGCCCCGUCGCCAUUCUCACCCCGAACCUCCUCGCCGCACCUCCCCGGAGCCCGCGGAGCGCCCUCGCCCUCUCCCGUGGGAUCCCCCGUCGGCUCCAACCAGUCCCGCUCGGGGCCAAUCUCCCCUGCCAGUGUCCCAGGCACCCAGAUGGCCCCACAGACCCCCGGGACCAUGUCGGACGUGGGCCCCCAUGCUGCUCUGAGCCAGUCACCCAUGUCGCAGGAGAGGGGGUUCAUUCCUGGCAUGCAGAGGAACCCAGCCGUGCCCCAGUUUGGCCCUCAGUCAUCCGGUCCAUCCAUGUCUCCUCACCCUUCACCGGGAGCCCAGAUGCAUCAUGGGAUGGGCUCCUAUCCCCAGAGUGGCUCGAGCAGCUCCUACGGGUCUCAGAGUGGCCAGUACGGGCCCCAGGGUAACUACCCCCGGCCCCCCAACUAUGGAGGUACCCCCAGCGGUAGCUACAGUGGCCCCGGCCCCGGAAUGACCAACAGCUUGGGCCUGAAUGCCAGCAGCCCUAUGCACGGCCAGGGUCCCGGGCAGACAUGCAGCUCCGGGCCGGUAGGCCGCAGCCCCGGCCCCGCAGUAGGUGGGCGACCGUACCCCGGCACCAUGAGCGGGGCGGCCCCUGGCUCACCCAGCGUGCCCCAACCGACCGGCCCCGGCAUGGGCCCGCCUGCUGCCAACAUCAGCCGCAAGGCCCAGGAGGUCGGCGGCACGGCCAGCUCCGCCCAGGGCAGGCCUCCGUUUGCGAGGUCCCCCAUCUACCUGGGCUCGUGGCCCCCAGCCCCCCAGCAGCUGCAGCCGCCGCCGGCCCUGGGCUCCUCUCCCCCUUCCUCUUCGCCGCAGUAUGAUCCCUACGGGCAGGGAAGCUACCCUGGCACGAACCACAUGGGGAUGAUGGGGGCCAACUCGCCAUACAGCCAGCUAGCAGGGAACAGCUCUGGCGUGAUGACAUCACAGGUGCCGCCCUACAGUGUUCCGCCCACAGGGGGUGCUGGUGAGAACAUGAUGGCUGCUGACUCGAAGCAGAAAACUGACAACAAGGAGGAGAGUGUUCCAGCUACAGAGACUGCCAAAGCUAAGGAUGGAUACAGCUCUCAGUGUAUGUCUCAGCCCCCGACUCCCGGUGCCCUGCCCGUCCCCUCCCCGCUGUCCCCUAGCCCUGCUAGCCUGUCCUCCUACCACGGCGAUGACAGCGACAGCAUCAGCAGUCCUGUUUGGCCAAAGACGCCAUCCAGCCCUAAGUCCAACUCCUCGACCAUGACCGGCGAGAAGAUCGGCCGGCUGUAUGAGAUGGGUGGCGAGCCGGAGAGGAAACUCUGGGUGGAGCGGUACCUCUCCUUCAUGGAGGAGCGUGGCACACCGGUGCCAAACCUGCCCGCCGUCGGCAAGAAGCCCCUGGACCUCUGCAAGCUCUACAUGACGGUGAAGGAGAUGGGUGGCCUGGCAAUGGUGAACAAAAAUAAGAAGUGGAGGGAGCUGGCGGGGGCGCUCAGCAUGGGCACGUCCAGCAGCGCCGCCAGCUCGCUGAAGAAGCAGUAUAUCCAGUACCUGUUCGCCUUCGAGUGCAAGGUGGAGCGCGGCGAGGAGCCCCCGCCGGAGGUCUUCGCCAUGGCCGACGGCAAGAAGCAAACCAAGAUCCAGCCGCCGUCGCCCGCCAACUCUGGCUCCCUCCAGGGCCCCCAGACUCCACAGUCGACAGGGAGCAGUUCCAUGGCCGAGAUGCCGGGAGACCUGAAGCCCCCCACCCCGGCAGCCACACCCCACAGUCAGGUCACCCCGCUGCAGGGCAGCAGGAACAGCACUGUCAGCGUGCAGGACCCCUUCUCAGAGGUCAGCGACCCCGCCUUCCAGAAGCGCAACUCCUCGACCCCCGGCGCCCCCUACCCUCAGGGCGCCAACAUGUCGGACGUCAUGAUGCGGAUGCAGUUCGAGGCCAACAAGGACCCGUUCACGGGCAUGAGGAAGGUAGCGGGCGCCGAACCUUUCAUGUCGGCACAGAUGCCCGGUAGCGGCAUGCAGGACAUGUACAGCCGAGCGCCAUCCAGUGCCAUGGCCGGCCUUGGCAUGGGCCAGCGUCCGCAGUACCCUUAUGGGCCCGGAUACGACCGGAGAUCGGACCAUGUGAUGGGCAUGGAGGGUAACAUGGGACCCCCCGGGAACCAAGGCAACAUGGUACCUUCCAACAGUGACCCCAGCAUGUAUUCUCCGAACCGAUACCCCUCUCAGCCGAGGCACGAAGGCUACAGCCAGCAGUACAGCGGCAUGCCCUACGGCGGACACCCCCCUGGAAUGUUCCCCCAGCAGCAGGGCUACAAGCGGCCGAUGGAGAGGAUGUACAGCGGCCCACCAGCCAAGCGACACGAGAGUGAGGUGUACGGGGUACCCUAUGGCGGCCAGCAGCCCGAAAUCUACGGGCAGUACGGAGGCGGCUACUCGGGCCCCGAGCGGCGCCCUCCGCAGGGCCAGUUCCCAUAUUCAUACGGCCGCGAGCGCAUGGCUGGUCCAGGCCAGGGCCCCCCACAGCAGCCCCCACAGCACGGAAUGUCCCCUCAGAUGAUGGGCGGGGGCGGCUCGGCCGAAGGACCCCAGCCCAACAUGUGGCCCCCCCGGACAGACAUGCCCUACCCGUACCCCAACCGGCCCAGCCAGGGGCCACCUUCCCAGGUACCCCCAUACCCCGGCAUGGGGCGGGGAGACGACAUGGACAGUCGGUCCGGGCAGGAUGGACCGUGGCCGGGUCACGGGGGCCAACGGCAGUCCUCUUUCAUACCGCCCUCCACGGGGUCCAUGCCCCCCAUGAGCGGCAGGCCCCCACCAUCCAGCCCGGCCAUGCCCAACCACAUCUCCCGGGCACCCAGCCCCGCUUCCUUCCAGCGCUCCCUGGAGGCCCAUAUGUCACCCAACAAGGCAGCCUACUUGUCCUCCUUGAAGAUGCCCAAAGUGGGAAUGCCCGUGCCUGGCCAGCAGGGCGGCCCUCCCCCAGGCCAGGGCCCUCCACACAUCAGGCGGGAACUGCACUUCCCUUCAGGGUCCAUAGAGGGCACCAUGCCUGUUCUCAAGCCACGCCGAAAACUUACCUCAAAGGACACUGGAACUCCAGAGGCAUGGCGGGUCAUGAUGUCGCUCAAGUCAGGCCUGCUGGCAGAGAGCACCUGGGCGCUGGACACCAUCAACGUGCUGCUCUAUGACGACAGCACCGUGAGCUCCUUCAUGCUCUCACAGCUGCCUGGCUUCCUGGAGCUCGUGGUGGAGUACUUCAGGAGGUGUCUCAUCGAGAUCUUCGGGAUUCUUAGAGAGUAUGAGGUUGGAGCCGCGGGCCAGAAGACACUCCUGGGACCCGGCGCCGACGAAAAGUCUGAAGAGCCUCCUGACUCUGAGGGCGAACCCGAGCCCAAGAUGGAGGAAGGGGAAGGGCUGAGGGAGGAGCAACAGCCCAGCCAAUCAGAAGAAGCCCUGGCUAAUAAGGAGGAAGCCGCCCCAGAACUGGAGAAAGAGGCAAUGGUGGAUGGGGUGGCCAAGGAUGCGGACGGCGAGCCACAACUGGAGGGCGAGUGGCCUUCAGAGCAACCCAUCCUGGAGCUGGAGCCAGAGCCAGAGCCACGGCCCAAGCAGGCCAGCAAGUACGACAGGUUCCCGGUAAAGGUGCUGAAGAAGGAGGACGACUUUGUGGAGGACUGCUCUGACCAUCUGGGCCAGGUGCAGGAGUUCACCAGCGGGCUGCUGCACUGGCAGACGGGUGGCGGGGACUCCACGGCGCACAUCCAGAUCCACUUUGAGAGCAAGAGCGAGGGGUCUGCCUGGGGGGCGGCGUGUGGAAGGGAGGCGGGGCCUGGGACACGAAUGAGGGCAGCCAACGAGGAGGAGUGCGGAGAAGAGGCGGCAGAGAGGAGCAUCACCGCCACCAUCGAUGAUGUGCUCUGUGCCAGGCAUGGCAGCUUCUCCGAGGGCGGCUCCUCCCUGGGGGCUCAUGGUGGCUCAUACCCCUUCCGCCUGGAUGAGGCAGAGGGUCAUCGUCGCAUCACGGUCCUGGAGGACGAGCCACGCACCCUGGAUGAGGCACCGCUGUCUACUGCCGCCACCUGGCAAGAUUCACUGGCCCGACGCUGUAUCUGCAUCUCCAACAUCGUGCGCAGCCUCUCGUUUGUGCCCGGCAACGACGCCGAGAUGUCCAGGCACCCCGGCCUGGUGCUGAUUCUGGGUGAGCUGGUGCUGCUGCACCACGAGCACCCUGAACGCAAGAGGCCGCCCCAGACCUACGAGCGGGAGGAGCUUGACCGUGGUCUGGCCUGCACCCGUGACGAAUGGCGCUGGGACUGCCUGGCCUCACUGCGGGAGAACACCAUGGUGACUCUGGCCAACAUUGCCGGGCAGCUCGACCUGUCCCUCUAUCCAGAGAGCAUCUGCCUGCCUAUCCUGGAUGGCCUGCUACACUGGAUGGUGUGCCCCUCGGCUCAGGCCCAGGACCCAUUUCCCGCCGUGGGGCAGCACUCUGCCCUGACGCCACAACGCCUCGUCCUGGAGACCCUGUGCAAGCUGAGCAUCCAGGACAACAACGUGGAUCUCAUGCUGGCCACGCCGCCCUUCAGCCGGCAGGAGAAGCUGUUUGCCACGCUGGUGCGCUAUGUGGGUGAGCGCAAGCACCAGGUGUACCGGGAGAUGGCGGUGGCCAUCCUCUCUAACCUGGCGCAGGGGGACACGCUGGCGGCACGCGCCAUCGCCGUGCAGAGGGGCAGUAUCGGUAACCUGGUGGGCUUCCUGGAGGACGGCGUGGCCAUGGCACAGUACCAGCAGAACCAGCACAGCCUACUGCACAUGGGCCACCCACCCAUGGAGCCACCCAGCACCAACAUGAUGUGCCGGGCCGGCAAGGCCCUGCUGGCCAUGGCCAAGGUGGAGGAGAACCGGCCUGAGUUCGUGUUGUACGAGGGCCGGCUGCUGGACAUCUCCAUCUCCUCUGUGCUGAACUCUGGCGUGGCCGCCCUUAUAUGUGAAGUGCUCUUUCAGAUUGGCCACUUAUGACAAGAGACGCAGAAAUCACAUGUGAUUGGUGGUUUUAUAUUUUUAUUUAAAUGAAAUCAAAUAAAGUUUGUUUUUUUAUAUAUAUAAAUAUAUAUAUAGUUCCUCUGGCUCAUUAACAUUUUCAUUUUGGAAUUUAAAAAAUAAUUUUAAUACAGAUAUUUAAUACCUGCCGUUCCUGUGUUUUAAGUGUAUUUCUUUGCUUCUUUUAUAUGUUAUUUUUUUCUUUUGUUUAACCAAAGUUGCUGCCAGAUUUUGGAGAGGGUAUCUUUAUUUUUCUUAAUUUGAAAUUAGUUUUCUGAAUGUUCAUACCUAUAUCUGUUUUGUUUUAUUUUUGGGAAGCAGAUUUAUUUAAAUUGUGAGAAAUAUUGUAGAUAACUUAUCUUGCCACGUGCCGAGGAGAACGGAGGACAAUGAGAACAAAAGGAACCUUGAUCUUACUUUUUUUUAAAAAGUAAAUAUAUCCAUCUCUGAGAAAAUGAGUUGUGCAAUAGGAUUUAAUGUAAGUCAGCUUGAUAAGUAAGAGAAGCGUCUUUUAACAUGCAAUACGUGAAUUAGACCACAAGAGGACAGUGUUGCAUCAGCCUGUCUUGGAGAAAAUUGUCCUCAUAUUUUUUGCUUCCGUCACCAGUGACAAAAUCUGGCUUGCUUCCUUAUUAUUGUCACGGCUACAUCUUGAGUACACUUCCACAAAGGAACAAUUUUGUUUUUGUACUUCUGUUGCAUUUUUUUUUUUUAUUUUCUAUUUUGCCGGUUGGCCAAUAUGUAUAUAAUGUUGUACAUUGGACACCCCCACAUUUUUACCCCUUUAAUUUUUUUCCCAGUUCUUCUUUUUCAGAGAUGUGGUACCUACAAAGUGAUGGUAGUUUUUAAUCAUUAUUAUAAUUAUUGUUAAUGUUGUUAUUUAAUAUUAUAAAUAUUUUGUUAUCUGGGUCAUAUCUUCAAGCAAGGUUCAUGUAAAGGUUCCUAUCUGUUUUAAAAAUAAUAAUAAAAAUUCUUGUAUGCUUUGUUCUGUAGCAGACAGCUGUUCACACCACUUGCUUCGUUAACCAGAUGUGAUUACAUUCAGAUGGUUACUAGAAAAGGUUACAAAAGAACGAAGAACAGAUUUUAUGGGUUUUUUUUCUCCCCUCCAGUGAUGCAAAUGGUCAUAUUUGUACUCCAGAAUAAUGUAGUUAAAAAGAAUGACAAAAACAGCAGACACCAACAAAGGAUGUAAAUGACACCUUUUUCCUCUGACUCAAUAUCAUUUAUUCAGUAUAAAUCUUUAUACUAUAUGUUCCACAUGUUAAGAAUAAAUGUACAUUAAAUCUUGUUAAGCACUUUGA